UGCCAUCGCCCACCUUUUUCUCGUCUUCUCCUCGCUCGAGGCUGUCAAAGUAUAAAAGGAGCGCUUCUCACAUCUUUGUAGCAUUGUCAGCAACAUCAGUUCAGCUCUCCUGCUAUCUUUUGUUCGAAGGCUCUGCCACCAAGACCACUCUUACGCCUAAGCUCCUUACCUGCAGCGGUACGCCUUGCCUCGCUAGGUCGUGAUCGUCACAGUAUUGCGGAAGUCUGUCGCCAAGGAUGCGCCUUGCUCCGCCCAAUGUCAUUUCAUCGGCAGUGGUGAUCACCAUCGGCUUAGCACUGGUUGGUCAUACAACUGCAUUUCAACUCUCCUGUAACAAUGCAGGUUGUCCCCCGGGCUGGAUGAUGGACGGCCGCUAUAAAGAUUGCCUACAACUUCGAGGCUGCCUGUUCUAUGCGGAGAUCAGAGAUCCUAGCGAUCCCUUAGACAGGCUCAAGACUUGGAAUGCUUUGCGAGGCUCCAUCGGACCCAACGCUGACGCGAUGUUUGUUUACACGGACACGACCAAUGGAGCAGCCCCGUCAUCUGGGUCGAAAUAUUGGCAGGCGACACAAUUUAUCUGUUGGCGAGCUUGGGCAAGUUUUAGUGUACCGUCACUAUGGAAGAAUCAGCCUAUCCAGAAGAAAGACUUGAGCUUCAAAGAUGAUUAUGGUGUGCUUUAUCAGGGCAGAAUUGAUUGUACCGGGGCUGACGUUACCCAAAAAGAGGUCCGUUGCUGUAAGGCAUGUCCGAUUUGAAUUGGCGUCAGACGUGCAGACUUAAAGUAGCGUAUAUCGAGAGUCACUUUCCGCGCAUACGUAAGCUAGACGCAGAAUUGGUAGAGCAAGCAGUGUCUA